UCUUCACAAUUGGGAUAUUUUUCAAUAUUGAUAACUAUCGCAUUGGCGAUAACAUUGAAUUGCUCGCUAGCUCAAUGAUUCAUGGUCCCUGUUGCACAUUGUUCGAUGUAAGCACAUAUGUACUUACAAAUAUAAAGUAAACAAUUUACUUAGAAAAAUUGAUUAGGAAAUGGAGGAAAAUGAGAGCAUCGGGCCAAUCGACGUUGCAAAUGAAAUUAUUUUUAGAGGAUGAUGACGCGACAUAUCAGCAUAAAUUGGUUUUGCUACAGACUGAAAUGGGCAAAAUGCAAAAUGAAUUUAAUACGCAGCGAGCUAAAAUGAAAGAGCUUUAUUUGCAAAAGGAGGGUGAGCGGAAAAAGCUUCAGGACGAGUUAAACGAACUGAAAAGUCACCUAAUGGUGGCAGACCUUAAAUCAGAGAAUGACAUGCAAUUAAAGGACAUAAAAGCUCAAGAGGAAAUAUCGUCAUUGCAACAGCUGGUGCAGGACACAAUUGAGGAAUCUGCGAUAUAUAAAGCCGAGUUGGAGCACAUCAGACAUGAACACCUAUGCCAACAACAACUACAUUCUCAGAAAAUGCAAAUUAAUACGACGCAAACGGCUGAAUCAUCAGGAGGCUUGGCACCACAUGUUUUAAAUCAGGUUAAAAAGACUUUGGGAUCUGUUCGAAAACUCGGUAGCGAUUCCUUAACCAACAGCUUUCAACAAGAAAGUAUCAAUUGUCAUCUGCGAAAUGCUGGCAAUUGUAAUACAAAACCAUUUACCAGCGAGGACCCUGAAUUGAUGCAAUCUAUAAUGGACCAACUGCAGGAAGAAAUGAAAGCCUUAAAGGAAAAAUUGCGCAUAGCAGACGAGCAACUUCGGGCAAAAUGUGAUACUGUUUAUCAAAUGAAAAAUUAUGGGGAGAGCUCAGCCGAUACUGCUCUAACAUCGUCAGAUCAGUUAGAGUCAAAAUGUAUUACCUGCAGCACAGCUAACCACCGCAUUGAUAAACAGAGUGCACAAAUAACUCAGCAACAGAGUCAGAUAUAUGCCUUGAACAAACAACUUAGUGAGUCACGUGAACAGUUGAGCAAGGAGGCGGCCCUGCGUAGUGAGCUAGAAAGUCAAUGGCAAGAAAAGAGAGAGGCUCACAAGAUUGAUGUACAAGGCUUGCGUGAGCAAGUAAAAAAUAACGAGAAACAGCUCUUAGAUAUGCAGCAAAAAUUUCUUGAGGCUAAAGAUGAACUCAUGCGACAAUUGCAACGCCUCACAGACGACCGCGAAAAACUCAACCAACAGCUGGAGACGCUACAGGCAGACAAUGACUUUCUAUCUGGCCGAUUUCUGGCCACAUCUGAAGAUAUUGAUAACCAAUACAUAAAUCUACCCAACACUGUUGUAGAAUUACAGGAGUUAAUGUUACGGCAGCAGAGCGAGCUAAUACAGGCGCGUGUUAGCAGCGAAUAUGAGAAACAAAAGUGUGUUAGUUCAUUAGAUGAAAUUCAAAUACUCCGCACACAGCUCGAUGAGAGCAACAGUGAGCGACGUGCUUACAAACGUAAGGUACAAAUAGACAUUAAGAAUUUACAAGACCGCGUAACUGAGCACCUGUUAGCUGUACAAUUGCACGAGACGUCAAAAACACAGUUGGAGCGCAAAGAGGCAGAACUAAAUAAACAGUUAUCCGAGUGCCGCGUUGAAAUAAUUGAAUUACAGGACGCUAACGAAAAAUUUACCAAAUCGAAUUCAGAGUACAAGUCCAAAAUAAAGACAUUACAAGAGGAAUUGUCGACAAUGGAAACGGUGCAAAAGGAUUUUGUAAAAUUAUCUCAAACUCUUCAGAUGUCCUUGGAAGAGUUGCGGCACGCUGACUCCGAGGUACGUUGGCAGGACGACGAUGAUGUUAACAACUGUCCUACUUGCAAUGCUUAUUUUACGGUGAUGGUGCGUAAAAUUCACUGCCGCCAUUGCGGUCAUAUUUAUUGCGAUAAAUGUCUGAACAAAACAGUGCCAUCGGGACCGCGGAAACGAAUUGCCCGAGUUUGCGAUAUAUGUCAUACAUUGCUUACACCAAACACAGCUCCCUAUUUUAGUCACGAGUCGCAGCAAUCAAAUUAAUCGGAGCUGUUCAUAAAUUAUCUAAUGCUUAGUCUUAGGAUUUUGAAGAGUAAUAAAGAUAUAAAGAAUAGGGACAAAUAUGUAAUUUUCAAAUAUUUGAAAUUUAUGCCUAUUUAGAUGAACCGUUAAUGUGUCUAAAGUAGAUAAAUUGAUUAUGCACUGUUACCUGCAUAAUAUUUGAGCAAACCAUUUUAGGAUAUAGAGCUUGUGACAGGAAUAAAACAUACUUAUAGCUUCAGGCUUCUGAUGCACUAUUAAUUCAUUGAGUCUGAGACACCACUGCACACCGGAAAGUCGAGACACGAUGCUAUGUCUCCUCUUCUGAUAUGGUGGCGAGCUGGUGAAUAGUUGGUGGUAGUCAGGAAUUUGAUGUUCGCUGAGGAAAUAUAUAAAUCUAACACCCCAUAGCUAAUAUCUCGAGUUCUAGUACCCUCCAAUGAGAAGACGAUAGGAUAGUCGGAACAGGAAGCUAAUAUAUUGCACGUAUGUCGAUAUCUCGAUAUAGUAAUCCGCUCUUUAACUAUUGAUAUCUGGUACUGAGAUGUAGAUUUCUUUCCUUGCAGGGGUAUAAAUAUUUUGACGAAACUAAAGUUGAAGGUAAAUCACCAAUUGAGCAUUUUGUUAUUGACAUAUUGGUAUCAAUGGUAGCAGUUGGCGUUUAUUUUGGAUACGCAUAUUCGCCUUUGCCCAUGUCUUGUGGAUAUGCGUAUAUAGCAAUGGCUUGUGAGUGCCAAGGGUGUCUGCAAACAUCCUAAGAACAAGGCCAAUGGAAAAUGUGCGCGAACACAAAAAGCGAUCGGCAGGCAUAAGCAUAAGCGAGAAAAAAUCUCCCUUGCUCUCUCGCUCUGUCUGCACUAGCAGCAUGUUAGUAACAUGGUAAUUUUUAGGGUAGGUGCACUCAUGCCGUUCUCUGGCCCCAGGCAACAUCAGCAUAUGAGAUGCCAUUUGAAUUUGCUACACCACAUAAAAAGUGAUUUAAUAACCGAUUGAUUGGAGUUGUUGUCAUCCUAUUGGGAUAAGCGCCUUCAGAUUUGGGAUUGUUUAUCACUAUAAACACUUCAUCUUUACUACAGAUUAAUGGUGGCUGCAGUUUGUUGCUGACUUGUUAGCUACGUUAACAUCAUCGACGUUUGCACGUCGAUUACGCUGAUUGUAUAACAGUUUAUUGCACGCUAUUGUUUUUUUUUAAUUGUAGAUAUUGUAGAUUUGUGGUAUCAACCGUUCUUCUAUCUUUGUAGUUGCAUACGGGUGUU